AUGAGAAUCUCUGCGCAAGCCCGUGAACACGCCGUGCGUGAUGCGGUGUGCGCCGUGCAAGUGAUACUCGGCGCAUCACCUCAUCAUGAUCAAGCCGAGCGGAUGCACGGCGUGCGUGAUGCGGUGCGCGCCGUGCAAGUGAUGCUCGGCGCAUCACCUCAUCAUGACCAAGCCGAGCGGAUGCACGACGUGCGUGAUGCGCUGCGCGCCGUGCAAGUGAUGCUCGGCGCAUCGAGCAUUCAUUGCUUCGCGCAUCCCCGUGAACACGCCGUGCGCAUGCUCUGCCUUGCGCCGAGCGGAUUCAAGGCGCGCGCCGUUCCUUCCCUCCGCCCUCCAAUCCCUCACCCUGCCAUCGCCUCUCUGUGCCCUCUCUUCAUUCCCUUUGCCCUCCAUUCCCUCACCCCGCCAUCCCCUCUCUCUGCCCUCUGUUCCUUCGCUCUGCCCUGCCAUUCCCCCUCUCUGCCAUCCCCUCUAUGUGCCCUCCCUUCCUUCCCUUUGCCCUCCAUUCCCUCACCCCGCCAUCCCCUCUCUCUGCCCUCCGUUCCUUCGCUCUGCCCUCUCUGCCAUCCCCUCUCUGUGCCCUCCCUUCCUUCCCUUUGCCCUCCAUUCCCUCACCCCGCCAUCCCCUCUCUCUGCCCUCCGUUCCUUUUCUCUGCCCUGCCAUUCCCCCUCUCUGCCAUCCCCUCUCCGUGCCCUCCUUUCCUUCCCUUUGCCCGCCAUUCCCUCACCCCACCAUCUCCUCUCAGUGCCCUCCGUUUCCUCCCUUUGGCCUCCAUUCCCUAUCUUGAUCCGCCCCACCCAGGGAAACUCUCUGCUCCUGGUCAUGUUUUUCCGCCCCACACUCUCCCCCCCUGCCCCACAAUACUAAUCCCUGCCCCACCCUCUCCCUAUCUGCCCCACCCUCUUCCUUUUUUCUAA